CUGCGCAAGACCGGAAGUCCUAAUAGAUUCGGAGGGAAAUUUCAAUAUUUUUUAAUUUUACCAGAUAUCACCAUAUAUCUUGAUAACUUGAACAAUUCAGUGACAUCUGUUCAUGACAUUAUGUCCUAGAAUGAUCAAGAAUGAAGUGCACAAUACCCGGGAGCAAUAUAAAAGCAUUUGGUCGUUCGAUUCACUCCCUUGCAAAGAUUGGAGAUGAGCUCUACAUAGAGCCAAUGCAGCAUGGGCUAGGCCUUCGUACCGUCAACUCCAGUUACUCAGCAUAUGCCUGUUUUAUUUUUGCACCAGGCUUUUUUCAACACUAUGAUGAUGGGUCGCCUAGCAACGCUGAAGCCACAGAAGAGUCCCUCAAAUGUAAAGUUACUAUGAAGUCAUGCCUUACUGUCUUUAAGAAUGUGUCAAGCCUCGAGAAGACAGUGGAUAAAUGUAAGAUUACCCUGGACAACAAGGAAGAUAGGCUGGUAUUCCAGUUAUAUUGUAGACAUGGUAUAGUUAAGACACACAAUCUGUCUUAUAUCGAGUGUGAGACACUACAAGCGGUUUUCUCUAAGGAUCUGUGCCCCAAUCUUCUUACUGCACAAACAAAGCUAUUGCAAGAUGCUGUGUUGAAUUUUCAAAAUAAUCAGGAAGAAGUCACGCUAACUGUGCGCCCCGACAAACUUACCUUGAAAAACUACACAGAUGAUGAACCAGACCCUACUAAAGUGAUGCAUACAGAGUUGACCCUGGAUGCCUCAGAAUUUGACAAUUACCAAGUAGGGGUGGAUAGUGAUAUCACAUUCUGCUUAAAAGAAUUGAGGGCUAUACUUGGGUUCACUGAGGGAUGCAGUCUUCCACUCUCUGUGCAUUUUGAAACAGCUGGCAAGCCAGUAGUGUUCAGUCUAGAUGAGGGGAGGGGGUAUGAAGGGAACUUUGUUUUAGCGACACUAGCAGCAGAUGACUCAGGCUCCAGUCAGAGGUCAACACAACAAAAACACGCUAACCCUACUGCAAAUAUAACAAAGAGUACAAGUAUUGCCAGUAAGAGAAGUGUAAAUGAUAACCUAAGUAUAAAUAAGAGAGACAAAGUACGUAACCAGGGUGAUGUAAGCAGACAAGAUUCAGUUCCAAGGUCAACAGCUAAACCACCAAGAGAAGGCAAAACAAAUCAGCAAAAAAGAACCAGGUCUGAUGCAUCCAAACAAAUGGAUGUCGCAUUGGAAGAACUAAUGAAUGAUGAUCUGGAUGACUUGGAUGUGGGAGCCAUGGGAGAGCCACAUAGGACACCCACAAGGGAGCACAGAGAUGCCUCCAGGGAGCAAGAUAUGUCUUCAAGUAGUCCUGAGAUCCCUUUGCAGACUAUAGGUGGCGCUAUAGGUACUGAUGAUGAGGAUGUCCUUCCAGGAACUCCGCCAAGUAAACGAUUCAAGUCUUUAUUCUUUGGGAUGUCGCAACAGUCAACAAGUAGCGGUAUGACAUCAUCAAAACAUGUGCCCGUUGUACUAGCAGGGGACAGUGAUUCAGAACCAGACUGAUCGAUUCAAUGUUCGAAUGAGAUAAAUGAGCUUUAUGGGGGAUAACAAUGAUAUCUUCAUGAGAUAACUCAAGAUAGGAUAUGGCCGAGGGAUAAAAGCCAAAUCCAAAAUGGAUGAUCAGUUCACCUAAUAGUGUAUCAGCCUAGUGCCAUAUAAAAUACAUUGUUUUAAAAAUAUGGGUCUUGAUUUAUGAUCAAUGCUCCCAUAGGCAGGUCACAGGUCACAAUAAAAAAAUAUGAUGGAAUAUUUUAGUGCUACAGUCGUAGUAAAAUAAAUAUAUGAUUGUCAGUAAAUAGACAAUAAAACAUAUUAAUUGACA